AUGGAGGACCCACAGAGUACAGAAACGAUACAAGUGUCGACGACUAUGAAAGAAAUCGAUUCCACAGAAAAGACAGACUCGGGAAUGGACGAAGAUAGUCAACACUCAUCUGUACACGAUAAGACGGAUAUAAGGGAUGGUGAUAUCAGUUGUGAAGAUGAAAAUCCUUCUCUCCAUUUAGCAGAUUGUGAAGAUAGCGAAAAUGAAGAUAUUCAAGUAAAACCAAAGAAACGAAUGACGAGGAUAUUGGAUGAUGACAAUAAUGAUUCCUCCAUUCCUGAUUCCUUAAUCGAAUCAAGAAACAAGGUUACAAAGACAGCAGAAGAGGUUCUGAAUGCAGUUCUCAACUCAAAUGACACUGAUGAAGAUUCUGACAGUAAGGGAAGUGACAAUGAAGAGAUCCUAAGUGCUGUUGCACAGAAGAAGAAAAAGAGGUUACAGAUUAUGGAUGAGUCGAGCAAUGAUUCUAGUUUGUCUGGCAAAGGUACAGAUCCUGGACCAUCCACUUCUGAGCUUAAGAAGCCAGUCUUUGGAAACGGAGACCUGUUUGAUGCUGAGAGUGACAGUGACAGAGACAGUGGAGAUGAAUCGGCCCGGAGUAGCCCAGAUGAAGCAGAUGAUGAAGGUUUUGAUGAAAGUGCCAUUGACCCAAAACUAUUGAAACAAUUGAAAAAGGGAGCAGCCAAGAAAGAGACUGUACGCUCACAAAGAAAGGCUAAGGAAGAAGCCAUUCUGAGUAUACACAGUGAGACCCAAAGGAUGGUCAGAGAGUCCAGUGCAAACAUUCCUUACUACAAUCCUAGCCCGAGACCACUGCAGGACUUCCUGGGUCGGGCCCUUCAAAAACAGCAGCAGUACAAAGCCCUGAAGGGUGCCAGUCACUCACGUAAGGCACAGCUGUGUGAGGAAGUUCUAUCCAAGACCAGAUUUUCUAGUCCCAAGUUAUCUUCUAGUGAUAGUCAUGGUAUGGAGGUAGACCUUUCAGUGGAUACGCAUAACGAUGACCCAUCAGUUAGUUCACAGCUUACUAAAUCUAAAUCUGAGGUACUCCACAGUGAAGCAGACAAUGAUUCUGACAGUCUGCCUGAUCCACAUUCAAACACUAGCAAGGUCAUUGGUAGUCAAGGUGAUACUUGUGAAGAACUUACUGAGAGUAAGACAUGUGCACAGUCUGAGGAACAGCAGAAAGCAUCAGAGAACAAAGACUUUGAUGAACUGCCGGAGUUGCUUGUAGAAGAAGUGAAAACAAAUGCUAAUAAAGAAGAGAAGCUAAAAAUGGAGUCAUCAUUUGAACUUCAAGGUAUUGAAGAACCGAAUCCAAAUGAAAAUACAAAUUCUUGUGUACAGGAGAAAAAAAACUUGAGUAAAGAAAGCAAUACCACCGAGGUAGGUAACAACACAGACCAUGAUGGUAGUGCUGUUAGUGACAGUGUAAAUACUGAACAUAAAUGUCAGACAGAGGACACAACUAAUGCAAACCUAACCAACGUAUCAAUCCUUGACCUGCAUUCCCUUCCCCGUCUCAGUGGAGGACCCAACUCAUUCAUCAGUCUGGAUGAGGACAGUGGAGGCUCUACCCCCAAAAACAGAGAAAUUUCAAUAUUCAUGGACAGGUUUCUCAAACAUUCAAAAAAGAAAGAGAAGAAAGCUGAUCAAGACAUUCAGAUCAGUGUCAUACAGAAAGAGAAGAUGGCACCUGAUCGUGAGGAACUCAAGGAAAACACAUUUACUUACCACAUGUCUCCAGUGGAGGAAAACCCUCUCCUUAAACUGGACACCCCAGGAGCAAAGCUUCUGGCUCUGAAGUCUCAGCUGUCAGUGGUUAUGGCUCAGAAAAGGGAGAAAAACCGACAGAAGCAUCAGCAAGUUUAUGACCUUGACAAUGAGGCAGGGUUCGAAGGAGAUGAUGAGGAAGCUUUACUGGAUGAUGAAGCAGAAAUGUCAGAGCAUUCUGACACUGAUGUAGAAGAUGAUGAGUUUGAGGAACAAUUUGGAGAUGCUGAUGAGGAAUUAGAGGAGGAUCAGGAACCUAAAGAGAUUAAGAAUCCAUUUGUGGAUGAUGAGGCAGAAGAUGAUGAAGAAAGUGAGAAGGAUGAUGUCGGCCUCAGUCUGAAGUUACAAUUGUCUGACGAAGAGGAGGAUGAUAAUGAUGAUGAAAAAGAAGAUGAUGUUAUACUUUCAGAAGUGGUGAUAAAAGCUGUAUCAGCCAAAAAGAAAAGUAGAGUUUUACAAAUCAGUGACGAUGAGGACAGUAAUGAUUUAUGUUCAUUAAACAAUGUCCAGCAAUCGGCCAAUGUGGAGGACAAUGCCCAGCAGUUGACUAAUGUGGAGGACAAUGCCCAACAGACACAAGAUGCAAAGCAUGUUGAGCCAGAAGUGCCAGUCCCUUGUUUUCUAGUACCAAAUAGUGUUGAAAACUCAAAAGCAGAAGAUGAGUUUUCUCCCUUCUCCAAACACCUGGUUUCCAUGACAACUUCCCCAACACAGAAAAAGCGACCCAAUUUGCCUCCACCCAUUGAAGACUCUCAGGAUCUCUAUGGAAACAACCAAGCUCUUCCAACAACACAGAUGCAGUCACAGAGCCAGGUACCUUUCUUCUACCUGGAGGACUCCCAGUCACAGAUGUUGGAUGCUGAUGGGUUUUUAAAGGUUGAAUCAACAGACAAGAAAAAUGUGCGCUCAUUUGCUGUAGGAAAUACAGACAAUGCUGAGUCGUCUGACAUGGAUGAACUAUUAGGGCUGUGCUCUGGACGAUUUGCAGCUACACAGAGUGAGGAUAAGAAGUCUUGUAAGAGUCUAUUUGGAACACAGCAAACACAAGGCAACAUGGAUGAACUUCUGGGACUCUGUUCGGGACAGUUUGCUGGCAGUGGCAAAACUCCUCAAGUUUCCCAGAAGUCAGGAAUGAAGCGCAAGUUACCAUUAGAUGAUGAUGUGGAAGAGGAAGAGUUUAGGAUUGUGAGUGAUGGAGAAGAGAAAUUUGACAAUGACAAGAAUGAGCUCAGUGAUGAUGACAAUGAUGCGGGAAAUGACACAGAUCAUAUAGAAGAAAGUGGAGAUGAGGAGGAUGGAGAGGCUUCUCACAAGUUCACUGGCUUUACUGCAGGCAAUAAACAUGGCCUUAUCAAGAAAGACUUUGUGGAUGAAGAAGCAGAACUGUCAGGGAGUGAGUAUGACAGUGAUGAAAACUUGGAUAUUGCGGAGGAAGAUGAUUUCAUGGAGAUGGAGGAAGGUGACAAGGAUGUGACAGUUGGGGAAGAGGAGUUACGUAACCAGGUCGGCCGUGCCCACUUGAAACAGUUGAUAGAUGAAGACAAACGCGAGUUGAUGCGCUUUCAGGAGAUGUACCUACAGGAUGGGGAUCUUCACUCUGACGGAGCAGGACGUAAAAGACAGUUCAGAUGGAGGAAUAUCGAUGAUGACACUCAGCAAGACAUGUUUGGAAGUGAGUCGGAAGGGGAGAAGGAGGAUGAAGAGGUAGAGAAUGAACUCCGAUGGAGGAAGGAGCGAUUUGAGCGAGAGAAAUGGCUCAAAGAACAAAUGGACCAAGGAAAGGAAGAAGAGGAAAGCCAGUUCCUCAAAUUUGGCAAAGUAUUCCUCAAGAGGAGAGAGUCUGACAGCAGUAACACCAGUAGUUCUGUACCCAAAACACCAACCAAUCCAGACAUUGUCCCGAAGAGAAAGGAUACACCUACUCCCAACCUCUUCAAACAUUCUGGACAGAAACGUGGCUCCUUUCUUAGUCGAGACAAAGAUUCUCUGGCAAAAAUUGCCGAGUUCAACAAAGGCAGCACUGUUGUGAACCCAGGGGGUCCAAGGAACUCGCGGAACCUCACCUUCCAAGUCAUAUCUCCAGGGAAGGAGAAAGAAAACAAAUCUGGAAAUAAGGUCUCUAGUGCUAAGUCUACUUUAGGCCCAAAGCAGAGGAAAGCUCACACUCCUAACACCAAAAAUACACCAGCUGCCAAGAAACCUCGGUUAGAGAAAAAGGAUUCGUCAUUCUCACAAAACAGUAUCUUCAACCACAUCUGA